AUGCUCGAUGCUGACCCAGCUUACUAUGACGCCUCCUCGCGUCAACGGAUCCUGAGGUCAGCGAUUGAUUUUGAAAGUCAGGUAUAUGAGAAUGAUAUCUUACUCAUAGACUUUAAACGGAGAAAUAUUAUUCUGGUCGACGAUGCAUAUGCAAACAUAGAUCGGAAAGUAGUCGUCAUCGACUUUGGUGGAGCUCUCUUUGGGCGCACAAGGGACGACGCUGCCCAUUUCAGAAAUCGCCUAUUUCUGGGGACCUAUAUAUCACCUCUACUACGUUGGGAGUCAUUCCCUAUGGAGUUCGAGCGUUGGGUCAGCUGGAAUUGGCAAGACUGGGUGGAGGAGACAUAUGGUGAUACGAGGGAGUCGAUAACCCCGGAAAUGCGGAACGUCUUCUCCAAAUCGCUCUAG